AUGAUUGAUAUGAGAGUGAUGGUGGAAGAAGCGGGGAUGGGUCAGACAGCAGUUGGACCCCAGGAGCAGCAAUUAGAUUGGAUACUGGCAGAGAUUGUGAAAAGGUUUGAGACAAAGAAUGUCAAAGAGAACAAGCCCUACCUUGGAAUCGACCUAGCAGUUACCCAGAACCGUUAUAUCAAUGAGAUCCUUGAGGAUUUUGGAAUGGGCAAGGUCAACCCAGCCAGCACACCGAUGGCAGCCAGCAUACGCCUAGAAUUCUCACCAGAUGAAGAUAGCGGAUUAGAUGAUGAUUUUACUGCUACUAGAUAUCAUCAAGGCUUAGAAUCACUGCAGUAUCUGGUAUCAAGCAGCAGGUCAGAUUUGACAUUCGUGGUCAACUACCUUUUGUGUUUCAACUCACAUCCGCACAAGAAAUGCUGGGCGGCAUUAAAGCACGUCCUACACUACAUCAAGAAGACAAAGGAUCACAGAAUCCUGUACAAGAAGGAGAUAAUUGAGGGGCUCAGUUCUGUAGCAUACAGCGACUCAGAUUGGGCAGGGGCAGACCCUCAAUACAAGUCAACUACGGGUUAUGUUAUUCUACUAAAUGGAUCACCAGUCAAUCUCAUGGCGAUCGCAACGGCAGACCUCAAUUGCAAAAUCAACCGCUGA